CACAAAAAUAAAAUAAAGCAAAUUUAAAGAACAUUCAGCUCCCUGUGAGGAGCCAAACGAACCUCGUUAAAAUACAUAAACAUGACUAGGACAGUAUGAUGUAUACAUUUUUGUUAUUGAAUAAUCACAUCAACAACAAAAAAAACACAUUAUAAGUAGCCAUUAUUGUUAGCACAUGAUGAAGCUAGCAAGCCAAAGAUGAACGCAACAGAGAUAGAUAGGUCAAGAUUAAGAUUUGGAAUUGGGAUGGCAGUAUAGUAUAUUCUCCAAUAAUGGCCUGUGUUGAUUCAAGAAAGUGAAGGGGUUAGUUGCAAUAAAUGAAUCCCCAGAUUUUGUUAGUUUCCCCCUGUGUGAUUUCAUUGUCUGGAUUUAAAUUAUGAUUUAUCAAUCAAAUCUUGAAGUGGGGUCGAAAGGGUGUGGAAUUCAAUCUCCAAUCAAAUCACCAAAAGGGAAAUCGUAUGAGCAUCAGCUAAACUUGGUUGAUGGAAGGUGGUAGAUAUUCGGUUGAUUUGGGUAACCUCCAACGCAAUCGAAGAAACGAGAUUGGGAGGAAGAAAUCCCGCAAAGGUAAAGAACUUGCCGGGUCUUCAUCUCAAAGCCGAGAUGAUUUUGAAACGGGUUACCAAAGGCGAGAUGGAGAUGCGAUGUCCGAAGAACAACUCCAACAAGAAUUGGCCCGACAUAAUAACCGCUUUCUACAACAACAACUAAUGCCGACGACCAUUGACGAAGAGGAGCUUGAGGAUGAAGAUGCGGAGGAAUUGGAACCGGAGACGGCCGAGGAGGAGGGUGCCGGCAGCCACGACGCCGACGCGCCUGCCUCAUCCCAAACCGCCACCGGUAAUAAAAAAAGUAAGUCUGAACUAAUGAAAAAUAAUUUUGAUAAAUGGAAGGACCCACAAACCGGCUAUUGGCACGCAACUUGCAAGUGGUGCAACAACAAUUAUAGUUUGGGAACCUCCGGCGGAUACGGAUACGCCGCAAGGCAUCUUAAGGCAAAGCACCCCGUGGAGUAUGCAAAAUUAGGCGGCGGAACGGGGAAGCAAACUCAAAUAUCGAGGUUUGCGAAUUCUCAACCUUUUGGUAAUUUCUCCUACAAUGAUGCACAAAAUUUGACUGGUAUGGCUAACUUAAUUUGUGAAGAAAAUUUGCCUUAUUUGUUUUUUGAAAGUCUUGCUUUAAGAGAUUAUGCACAAGGUAGUUUAAAUCAUCAAUUUAGAAAUUAUAGUCGCAAAACUGUUAAGAAAGAAAUAAUAAGGCUUUAUAAUGCGGAAAAGGUAAGGUUACAAAAUUUUUUUGCAAACUUUGAUGGGCGUGUUACUAUUUGUUCUGACAUAUGGGAGGAUGAUUUUCAUCAUUUAUAUUAUUUGGGUCUGACUGCACAUUAUAUUGAUGAGGAUUGGAAUAUGCAUAAACGUGUUCUUGCUUUUCGUGAAUUUAAUGAUCGUCACACCGCUGAACAUAUUUAUAUUUUGAUUGAGCGUAUUUUAAUUGAGUAUAAUUUGAUUGAUAAGGUGUUUGCUAUUGGUUUCGAUAAUGCUACUAAUAAUACUGCUGCUAUACCUAGAUUGCGUGAGUUGUGUGGUGCCAAUUCUUUGGUGGGUAGAUUUUUUUCAUCAACGGUGUGCAUGUCAUGUUAUAAAUUUAUGUGUGCAAGACGGUUUAAAAGCGUUAGGAGAUUCCAUGGAGGUAAUAAAGGGGGGGGUUAGACGUAUUUGGGGUAAUGGUCAACUUAGAUUAAAAU